GCACGGCUCGCCAGUUGGCUUUGGAAGAUGGCACACCCCUGCGUCCUGGCGACGAACGCGACACCACGACAAUAACCUAUGGCACUGGAAAAUUGACCGGUGAGUACAUCCGGGACAUGCUGUGCUUGCGCAAAGGUCGAGGGGCGGCCGUGGCUGAGAGCUCUCUUUGCCUUCAAGUCGACUUCCUGGGUGUGACACAGGAGUCCAGGUUUCCAUUCACGGAGCUACCUUUUGAUGGUAUCUUCGGCUUGGGAUUGGGAGGACUCUCCGCUGGGCCUUCGUUCAACUUCGUGAACAGCUUGGUGGCUGCGCCGCAGACAGUCCGGAAUCCCACGUUUGCUUUUUUUCUGCGGAAUUUGGAUGCCGAGGAAGACAGCGAGAUCACCUUCGGAGGGCAUCGCAAGGACCGCUUAGAAGGAGAGGUAACGUGGCUGCCCGUCCCAAAACAAGAGGCAGACGAAAAAGGCUAUUGGCUUGUGGCAAUGCGUGACAUUUAUGUGGAAGACAAAGCGCUUAACUUGUGCGCUGCUGCUGGGUGCCAGGUAGCCAUGGACACUGGGACAGCUCUGAUGAUGGGUCCCCGACGUGCAGUCGGGCAGCUGCUCACUGCUUUGGGAGACUGCAAACAGCCAGUGCCCAACGAGCUGUUCGGGCUUGUUGCAGUGUCUCUCACGGCCAUGCUGAAUGUGACAGUUUCGCCAGACGAGCGGCUGGCUUGGGCCGUUUGCACGCGAACCUUUGCUGCCACGGGGGCGCUGCUCAAAGAUUUACAAGCAGUGUACUGCAUUCGGCGGCGGCGGCGUGCAGAGCUUGACAAGGCCCUAGGCCGGCUGAGCCUUCCUGAUCACGUUCCCAUCCGCCAGUGGGAGGCCGUGGACGGCUUCAACUUGCAGGAUGACAUCCUCGAAAUCGUGGACUCUGGAGUAGUGGAACCUGCAGCCUUGCCACGUAUCCUCGUAAAGGAAGAUUGGCGCAAGAUGUGGCGCGAGACCAGAAGAUGGCGCCAUGUGCGUAGGGGCAGGGAGGCCCCAGGAAAGAAGCAUGGAGGCUGGCUCAGGGACCUGGACCUAACGCGAGGCAGCUUGGGACAGGGACUUUCGCAACUGCAGGUUUGGGCAGACAUCGAGCGAGAGGCCAAAAGCCCCAACGCCGUCUAUUUGGUCGUUGAGGAGACCUGCGUGUUCCUGCCCAACUUGGAUGCGCGACUGCUCGAAGAGCGGUUGCAAAGCCUGCCGGAUGAUUGGGAGAUCGCGUGUCUGGCCGGGACGGAUCUCCUGGGCAACAACCCCGACACGGAUCUCGAGCAAGUACAAGCGCACAACGUCGCACCUGGCUUAAAGCGCCUUCACCCGUGGUUUCGAAUCGGUCCAGCGUAUUUCAUCACGGCGGCCGGUGCUAGAAAAGCGUUGAGGACAUGCACGCCAUUGCGGUGGCGCUUGGACUGCCAACUUGUGGGACGUUUUUCCUCGACGCAUUUCGGAGAGGACGUUACAAACAGACUCUUUGCAGCGACCCAGAAUUUACGAGGUUACUGGCUGUCGCCGCCACUGGCUACUAAACGGGCACCACGGCAAGGUGUGACUGAAGAUGACCUGACGGAAGGACUGGAUGCAGUGGUUGCCUGGUCCAUGCGUCUCACUGACAAGCCAUUACCAAAAGGCUCCAUUGCCCACAUCUGGCAUCCGGACCGUGAAAUCGAAGGUCACACAAACAUGGUGCCGGAGGCUAUCGAAGUCAUGAAUGGGCUUGCUGCCGGGGAGGGCGUGAGGACCAUUUGCGAAGUUGGCUUCAAUGGUGGCCACAGCGCGCUGCGGUGGUUGACAUAUUCCAGUGCGAAGGUGCUCUCGUUCGAUCUCGGAGAUCACCCUUACUCACGACCGGCUGCCAUGUGGCUAUCGAGCCAAUUUCCAGAGCGGCUGGAGCUGAUAUGGGGUGACUCCUUGGCAACGGUGCCGGAGUUUCACAGACAGAAGCCUGGGGUCCAGUGUGAGUUGAUCUUCAUAGACGGUGGCCACAGUUACGACUGUGCUAUCCGGGACCUGAAGAACUUGGCGGCCCUUGCGAAUCUGAAAAACAACCGCAUCCUGCUUGAUGAUACAUUCCUGGAUGAUGUCCGCCGGGCAUGGGACGAGAUGCUGGAGAUGGGGUAUGUGGAGGAGUUGCAGAGCUUUUCGGGUGAGAUUGAAGCUGGCAGCUAUGGUUUCACCUUGGGCAUGUACACAGAGCGUGCAGCUGAAUUGCUGCGGGUAGCUGCAGAAUAG